AUGGCGACCGCGACGGCGACGCAUCGCGCCUCGAUCGUCGUCGACGCGCAGAGUCGGUGCCGCUCGCGUCAGCGAGUCAGGGGGCGUGCGUCUUCGUCGUCGUCGUCGUCGCGCGCGAGCGCGAGCGUGAGCGCUGCGACGACCGACGAUAAAGAUGACGCAAAGCGUGAGUUAUUGCGAGCGGUAGCGGCUUUGCGGCGAGGAAACGCGAGCGCGCGCGACGUCGCGAGCGCAAUCAAACGCGUUGAAUCGUUCGAGUCCAACGGCGACGCGCGAGGACGUUGGACUUUGGCCUACAGCGCGAAUCUCGACGACGACAGCAACGUCAAAGCCUCGGCGAGCCCACUCGAAUCCCUCGGCGUUAGCGACGAGAUUGUGCAAGAGGUGACGAAAACGCUUUACAGUGUCUUCUUUAAGUUUGCACCAUGGCUCGCCGGAUCGGCGGAGACGAAUCGCACGGGCGCUCGAAACGUACAGGUCGUCGACGUCGACGCGGGCGUAGUUAGAAACGAGGUCGAGUUGGACGUAGCCAGUCUUCCCACGCUGCCGAUGUCGACGCUGACAAUCGGCGUCGACGGCGAGAUCGAAACCGAGGAUGCGCUCGCGCGACGCGCGUUUGUCACGUUUACGAGCUUCGACGUACAACUGCGGUUCGCGCGCGGGGAGGCGAAAACUCCCAAAGUUUCCAUUCCGCUUCCGCGUCCGCGAGGGUCGUUGAACACGACGUUUUGCGAUGAUUCCAUGCGAAUCAGUCGCGGAGGGCGCGGCGGCGUCUUCAUUCUCACUCGACUUCACGGAUGACGCAGCGCUUUGCUUCAUAACGCGACUCAUCACUCACAUGAGCGCUCAUGUGAGCGUCUCGGGCGCGUCCGCGCCGUACGUGAAACCACUGCAAGACACGAUGAUGCGUGAUCCGUCAUGCGCGUCCUACUUUACGCUUUCAACCGUCGAGCACGGGCCAAGGGGGGUGACACCGCGCGCGAGAACGGUUGUCUUUGAAGGCUUCGCCGUGGACAUCGACGACCGCUUUGCGCUCUCGUGCAAGCUCAGUUCCAACAGCAACAAGUUCGCCAAGCGCGCGAGUGACGAAGUCGAGAUUUGCUGGUGGUUCUCGAGCGCGCGCGUCCAGUUUCGAUUUCGAGGACCGAUGCGCUUCGAAACCAGUGCCCAGAGCGGGAGUCGAAACGCGCUUUGGGAGCAGCUCGAUCUCGGUGAUCGAGCGCAAUUCUUCUACCCACCGGACGUGCUCGCGAAAGACCGUCAAGAUGCCGUCUACGAGCGCGCCACGAAAGCGUUGAUCGAGUCUCGCGGUGCGGUUCCUGAAUCGUUUUGCGUCGGUCUUCUCGUCCCGCUGGAGGUUGAUGUUUUGGAUUUGAACGACUCUAGUCGCAAGUACUGGCGCCGAACAAGCGUAGACGACACUGCAUGGGAAGACUUUUCAGGACUCGCGCCUCCGGUGUUGAGCGUGGACGCCAUCAUCGCCGCCUCGACUAAGGAAUCAUAGCACCGCAC